AAGUUUAUUCGGUGAAUUUUAACUUCGUAGAUCCAUCGGUAUCUACGGAUUUCUUAUAUUUCCUAUAAACGCGUGCUGCAAUCAGGUGUUUUUAUCAUACGCCUCGUGGAAUUCGCUAAGAAUCAUGAAACUACUGAAGAAAUUCUUAAUUUUGACAACUGCGGUUGUUUUCACCACCGGUGUAGUAUCCGGUCAAAGUAUCGACGAGUGCCUGAAGCAAGACAGCAUAUCCUGCGUGCAGAAGACUCUAUAUAGGACCGCCAAAGAAUUCUUUUCCAAGGAUAAACUAGAGCUUAUAAACGGAGUCAGUCUCGUGAAGAGUAAUGUCAAUGCCAGAUCUAUCAAGGAACUUGCUUAUGAUCAAGAGAUGGAGGCCGCUAAUAAUAUCGCGGAAAGACAAAAUUCUCUCGAAAACUUCAUUAGCGAUGAAACUGGGCAGUUUUUGACCGGUCGCAGUCUUAGGAUUAAUCUUGCAUCUGCUUUUGAGAAAAUCCAAAAAUCGAUUCGUGCCUUCAGUGAAUCUGCUCCUCCAGAAAUUCAUCAGGCUGUCAACGAGAUUGUUGAAGCACGAGGCAAGAAAAAAGGAUCUCUAAAAGGAAUCAUACCCCUCCUGAUUGCCGCGAAAAUAAAGCUUGGUAUUUUGGGAGUUCUCUCAUACUUUGUCAUCGGAUUCUUAGCGAAAAAGGCGAUCCAAGCGUCCAUCAUUUCCCUCAUCAUCUCCGCCUUCGUCGCUAUGAAAACAUUCUGGUCAGGCAAAAACCACCACGACGUUACUCCUUACAAUGGUGGCUGGAGCGGAUGGUCAAAUCCUGUCAGCGGUGGAUGGUCAAGUCCCGUCAGCAAUGGAUGGUCCAAUUCCGUAUCUGGUGGAUGGGCUAAUGGUGCUUCUUCCAAUUGGGAAGAUUCUCAUUACGCGCACGGCCAAGCAUAUUCUGGAUAUCAUCAUCACUAGUGAUCGUUGAUAUUUUCUUUUUCUCUUUUUUUUUUCAUUAAUUAACGGCUAAUGGGAAGAACGGGAUGUCGGCGGAAGUCAGAUAACUUUUAAGUCUCACGUUGAUUUUCAUUCAUAUAAUCAUGGUGAUAUUUAUUUUUAUUUAUUUUAUUAAUUAUCAUUAAAUAGUAAAUAGGGCAUUUUUGGCCCUUCCGUGAUGUACAUUAAAUAUAUAACAACACUUUGGUUCGCGUACCCAUGUGCAAAAUAGAUCAAUAAAUAAUCAAACUGAAAAGCUAGUCAUAAUAUGUAUGAUUGGUGAAGAUGUAACUCGCUAAUCAAUACGAUAUUACGUAUGUAUUACGACUUGGCGAUUUCUGCAUAAGUUUUAGGGUGAUCACAAACGUUUCUGUAAUGAUUUGUAAUUCAUAGUUACAUCUAGUCCAAUAGAAUGUAUAUGCAACGUAUUAAACUACGCUACGAAUUUGUACACUUUGUAAU